GGCGCCAAAAUCCGGAUCAUGUUUUGAGACCAAUGCUUAGGUGUAAUUUCGUUGGGUGUAAUGAAAAUUAAAUGUACUUUUUAGUGUUGCGAUAAGUACGUCGAUGUCCUUGUGUUUGAUUGAUGAUAUUUGUUUCGGAGAACUAUAGAUUUUUCUAUACUUGCUUGCGUUUAACCCUUGAUGACACCAUUUUGCGCUCUGUACGUGUGUGUGAAAUGAAAUGCCUAAUCUUGUAAUUUUUUUCAUAAAGGUAUUCUAUUGAGAUUAAGAAAAGUAUUCAGGAAUCAUUUGCGUUAAGUGAGGUGCACUGAUGUGAAUCUGUUUGCCUGAGCUGGACGUGUAGCCCCACCUGAGGGCUGCGGACAGCAAUGAAUGAUGAUGGGGCUCCGUCUGCAUCCCCGCAGCCACAGGCCGAGGACCUGGAGGAGCAGUGCCGGACAAUCCUGCAGAACGUGACGGAGAGGCGCAAGACCUAUCCCAAAAAGUGCUCUGACAAGCUGUCCAUUGCCCUCAAGAAGGAGAUCCAGCAUCUGCUAUCGCUGAAGGUGGAGCUGCCCAAGCCAGACUCCCUGUUCUGCAAACCGCAGACGGCCAGCGCCGAGGAGGAGUUCCCGCCCCAGCCCGCCGCUGCUCUGGAGUGGCAGCCCCUCACACACAGGAUGGCAGCCAUGGUGCAGCGUCUGCAGAAGGUUACGACCAUCCUGAAACAGCUGGAGAUGGAGGAGACAGAUGGCAUCCGUCAGUUCAUGUGUGAACAGGACUCAAGAGAGGUUUCACCAUCCAAACAACAUUAGUUUGAAUUUUUCUAUCUUUAUGAUUCGUGUUAAGUGUGUGUUCUUGAAUAUAUUGUUAGUUUAUCCAGAAACUUCAUUAACUGACUAACUUUAAGAUGAUUAGGUUCAAAAAAUUUAGAAUCAGUAGGAUGUGCAGAGACCUUUCUUUAAAUUCAAGUCGAAGACUAAGAUCUAAAUCUUUGUGGAAGCUUUGCUAUUUUAAGAAAAAUACAUACGUAGCUACAACUUUGAAUUCAGUUUGUGUUCAGUCAGCACAUUCUGCAUACCAUACACUGAAUAAUAGCAAUGUAGGGAAAAUUUAGCAAUUUAAGAAAAUGCCACUGCUUGUAAAUAAAAAGAAAAAAUUACAAUACUAAAAAUUAAUUUAUAUAAAAGGAAGAUUAACUGUUUUGAAAUGUCAACACACUACGAUUAUUGCAUGUAACUAAGCAUCUUUUCAAUAUCUUGAAACAGGCUGUAUUGCAAAUUCUGAUAAACUAUUUCAAAAAUUUAUUUCUGUUAAAUUUUUAAGGAUACAAAUUUUUUUAUAAAUGAUUUUGCUUUCUCUCUCUUUCUCGUAUGUAUGUGUGUAUGUAUAUGUAUGUGUGUAUGUAUAUGUAUGUGUGUAUGUAUAUGUAUGUGUGUGUAUGUAUAUGUAUGUGUGUGUAUGUGUGUAUGUAUAUGUAUGUGUGUGUAUGUAUAUGUAUGUGUGUGUAUGUAUGUGUGUAUGUAUGUGUGUGUAUAUGUGUGUGUGUGUGUGUGUGUAUGUAUGUAUAACAUAAAAGAGCCAAACAAUUUUAACAUUUACAUGCACUUAGUAGAAACUUACUCUGCUAUAUGUACAUAUAUUGUGCAACUGCAAAUUAAUUAUUAAAUCUAGUGUUAUAACCAAAAUUGUUGUAGUGCAAGGAUUUCCUUUAUUAAUAUGCUCUAUCCACUUCAGAUGACAUAUGCAAAACCCCUUAUUUGCACUUUUCAUGGGGACAAAGUAAAAAAGUGUAAAAAGCGGGAAAGUGUAAAUAAAGGGAAAAGUAUAAAAAGGA